UUUUUUUCUGCUGCUGUUUGUUCAUGUUGUUCAACAUUUCUUGGACAAAUGUCCUUCUAAUGAACUCAGCCAUGUCUUUUUUUUAACUUGAAAAGGAUCCCACUAUUGAUCAGAAAGAAUUAGACAGCUUGAAAGGAUCCAGCACAUUUGUGGGAUUCUUUGGGCACAUACAUGGAUAAAAGUUUUUGGAAACUUAAUGUGAACUUUGUUUCAGCUCUUUAACUGUUUGUUUCCAGCCUCAGCAGGAGACUCAUCCAGCAGGUCAGAACCGUUCCUUUGACCUGGCUGGGAUCUCAUCAGGAUCUGGACCAGUAUCCUCAUCUAAAACUACUCUUUUCACCUCAGUGAGGUUUCUUUUUUCACUUCAAGGUUUUUUGGUUUUGAAUCAUCAGAAUGAUGCAAAAUUGCUUCUCUCACCAACUACAGCGCUGUCUUCUGGGCUGAACAUGAACUCUCUUCCACUACAGUCCAGGGAAUGUUGAAGCACUGGACCAGGUUAAGCACCUUCAUGGAAACCUGGCAGGGAUGGUAGAGUCUGAAGGGUUCCAACCAGUUUGUGUUCAAGUCAGGAUUAAUGAACAAAAAUGUAAUGAAAUUCAUCUGGACGUUGUUUUAGUUCUUCUGAAUCUUAGCCUGAACUCAAGCCUAACUUGGACCUCUGGAAGUCUGGGCCUCAUUUUGCUGCUAUGACUUCUGACUCCAAAGUCGAUGCGGUAAAUGAAACAGCUUCUACCAAUGACUUCACUCGAAGUUGCGAUGGAUAAAGGUCAACAAUAACCAGGAAGGGCAGGAAGUUGCUGAAUGUUCAGGAUGAAGUGGCGAUCCAUUCUACUGACUUUUGUCUUCCUGAUUGGCUCAUGUGGUGACUCUGCGGCCUCUGAUGAACACCCAGACGUUGGACACGAUGAGGAUGUACAUCCCAACACCCUCACAGAAACAAACGCAGAUGUGCUGGACAUGGAUAUCCUAACAAGCAGGAAUGUACCAGACACAAGCGUUGAAACAAACUUAGACAUACGGGACAUCACGGACAACUAUGAGGACGCUGACUGGCAUCCUCCUUCCUCCCUCCUGGAAACACACCUGCCACCGGACGCCCCGCCGGUGAUACGCAGCGGCGACACUGGUGUUAACAACAGCAUCAACAAAACCUUCAACCGGACCAUUGGUGGUUCAUCGGCACAAUGUGGUGAGUACAGCAGCCAGCUGACAUCUAGCGGCCAGUGCCGGCUGAUGGCAACGCUGCCUCCAGUGCCGGUGGGAACGUCCCCGAAACGCUGCCCGGAUAUGUUCCGCUGUACAGACGACAUCUCAAAUUGGCUCCACGAGAACCAGAACAGGAAGGAGCAGCUGGAGGAGCUGAGGGAGACCAUGUCAGAGCUGCAGGAGGAGCUGAGGAACCACCAGCAUCGAGUCAAGACCCUGGAGAUGCAGGCUGAAGACAGUGUUGGUAUAAACUCAACCUUUGAGCACCGGCUUCGUUCUCUAGAGUUGCGUCAGACCAAGACCGACAUGCUGCUUCAUGUGCACGGUGCAUUGCUGCAUGAACUGCAGGUGCAACUCAGCAACCUGUCAGCCGCCGUGCAGCGUCUGAGCCGCAACAUGGGCUGCACCAUCAACGUCAUCAGAACUGCGCCGCUGCUUGGCAUUCAAGACACACUGCCACCAGGUAUACAUGAAACAAACAGUGAUGGACAGUACCUGUCUUUUUGUCCAUCAGACUGUGCAUCCCUCUAUCACAAUGGUGUUCGUCGUUCUGGAGUUUACAACAUUGUCCUGUCGCCGGGCGCCACGCUGCCUGUCUACUGUGACAUGGAGACCGAGGGUGGGGGCUGGACGGUGUUUCAGCGGCGGCGCGACGGCUCUGUGAGUUUUAACCGCGGCUGGUCGGAGUACCGUGGUGGCUUUGGCGAGCCCCGAGGAGAACACUGGCUGGGAAACCAACAGCUCCACCUGCUGUCCAACCAUGGCCACUACAGCCUCCGCAUCGACCUGCAGGACUGGAGCCACGCCCACAGACACGCCCUGUAUCACACCUUCAGGAUAGAGAAUGAGGAGAACCAGUAUCGCCUCCAUGUGUCGGGUUUCAGCGGAACGGUGGAGGAUUCGUUUGGUUGGUACCACGACCGGCAGGGCUUCAGCACACCAGACACCGGCAACAUCUGUGCCGAGAUCAGCCACGCAGGCUGGUGGUUCCACCAGUGUUUCUAUGCCAACCUCAACGGCGUCUACUACAAGGGGGGGCGCUACUCUUUGAAAGCUCAGAACUUGCUCGGGCCAGACGGCAUCGUCUGGUUCUCCUGGAAGGAUUCAGAUUUCUACUCUCUGAAGGCGGUCACCAUGAUGAUACGGCCACGCAACUUCAGGCCAGGCCUGUCGCCAUAGUGAUGGAGUGUUUGAGCAACAAGUAUAUCAGUCUGAAGCCCUGCUAGCAGCUUCCAGUGCCUGCUAAAGCUACCAGAAAUGCUCACUAGUAAGGGCUGUGUGGCUGCAGGUUUUCUUUCCAGCCAAGGAGGAGCAGACCAGGCUGGAACCAAUUAAUCAGCUGAUCUCAGUCUUCAGCUCAUAACUAAGUGAUCCCUUGAUGCUGAUUGGUUGGCCUGGUGUGUUGGAAGGAAAACCUGCAGCCCUUUAUGGAAUUGGUUUGACAUGCCUGCACUAGAGGAUAAAAUAUGUAUUAGUCCGCUGCUGAAAGUAGUCCCCAACAAACAUGCUAUUUUGUCCUGUGUGAGUAAACUGUACAUUUGCUGAAGCUUUUUUAA